AUGGCGAAACCGCUGGGGAAGACUGGGGAGUUCUUCAAGAGGAGGGACGAGUGGAGGAAGCACCCGAUGCUGACGAACCAGCUCAGGCACGCCACCCCCGGCCUCGGUAUCGCCAUCGUUGCUUUCGGCGUCUACCUCGUCGGCGAGGCCGCCUACAACCACCUCUACCGCUCCGACUCCCACUCCCACUCCCACUGA